AUGUCCAAAGUGCUGAUUGUUACCACCGACUUUGUUGCCGGCAAAAAAAUUACCGCUACGCUGGGCGUGGCAAGGGGCAGCACCAUCAGGGCCAAGCACGUGGGCAAAGACAUUAUGGCCGGUUUGCGGACUCUGGUUGGCGGGGAGCUGAAAGAGUAUAGCGAGAUGUUGGUGGAGUCCCGGGCUCAGGCCCUGAGCCGGAUGGAAGCGCAGGCGCUGAAACUGGGUGCCAACGCGGUGGUGGGUGUGCGCUUUGUCACCUCUCAGGUGAUGUCCGGUGCUGCUGAGCUGCUUGCCUAUGGCACGGCGGUCACUCUGAGUGACGACAAUUAA